AAAGCUGGUCCUGUUUAUUCAGACGCUGAACGACUAAGGAAGCACAAUGGUUGCUGGAAUGUUAAUGCCCCUAGACAACCUGAAGGCCAUCUAUGAGCAUCUGUUUCGGGAUGGCGUCAUGGUGGCCAAGAAAGACAAGCGGCCUCAGACCAAACACCCUGAGAUUCCUGGCGUGGAUAACCUGCAGGUGAUAAGAGCCAUGGGCUCGCUGAAGUCCAGGGGGUAUGUGAGGGAGACCUUUGCAUGGAGGCAUUACUACUGGUACCUCACUAACGAAGGGAUUGUCUACUUGCGCGAUUACCUGCAUUUGCCUCCUGAGAUCGUUCCCACGCCGCUGCAGAGAGUACGACGGCCAGCUGCCACUCUGGCCAUCGCCCGCAGGGCAGAACAGGUUCAAGUGGUUCAGGGUCCAACGUCUUAUGUUCCCAAACCUGGCAGGAUGGGUGCAGAAAAGCAAGAGGCUUUACUGGAUCGACAGGAGUAUCGUCGCAAAAUAGCGAGAAUGGAUGAGGCUGAAAUGACUGAAUCCAAUGAGAGAACACCAAGAUUUAGAGGUCGUCCAAUGGCUAGUGGUCAGAUCAGACCCAGGGAAUCCAAAGAGCAGCCCAUGCUUUCUGAUACUCGCGAUUACACCAAAGAGAUGGAACCAAGUGUUAGGAGGAAGGUCGCUAUGCAUUUGGUCUCCCAAAUGCCUCCUAUUGAAACGCACCACGCCAAGCCAGUUGAACAGGAAAAGAUGGUAGAACUCAAGGAAUGCACCAAGACGGCAUUUGUUCAGAAAACACAAAAGGUUUAUGUGAGCCAAGAUGUGCCAACCAUUUCUUCAAACGUGGGCGCAACAGCAGUGGAAUCCUCUUUGUUUUCUGAAGCAGUCAAAGAAAAGCCCAAAAAAGAAGUGUCUAUCAAGGUCUCACGUGAAACAACAUCCACAGCAGCUGGAGAUGGCAAACCGGCUAAGGAUGCUCGUCAUCCUGCCCCCUUAAAACCGAAGGUGGAGAAAAGACAGAAAACUACUGUGACGAAAAAUGUGCAGGAUGUGCCUGCUGUUUCAUCAGCAGUGGAAACCUCUGUAUUUUCGGUCCAUACUGAAGCAGUCAAAGAAAAGCCCAAGGAAGAGGUAUUUGCCAAGGUCUUCCAGCAAACCACAUCCACUGAAACGGCUAAAGAUGCUCCUCAACCCACUGCCUCAAAACUGAAGGUGGAGAAAACACAGAAAACUACUGUGGCCAAAAAUGUGCAGGAGGCUUCAUCAACAGUUGAGGCAACAUCAGGCGAAUCCUCUGUGUCUGCUGUUCCUACUGAAGCAGCAAAAGAAAAGCCCAAGGAAGAGGUGUUUAUUAAGAUCUCUAAGAAAACCACAUCCACAGUUGCAGAUACUAGCAAAAUGGCUAAAGAUGCUCCUCGACCUACUCCCUCAGAACAGAAGGUGGAGAAAACACAGCAAACCUUGGUGACAAAAAAUGUGCCAGCUGUUUCAUCAGCAGUGGAGACAACUGCAGUGAAAUCCUCUGUCUUUACUGAAGCAGUCAAAGAAAAGCCCAAGGAAGAAGUGUGUGUCAAGGUCUCUCAAAUCACGUCCAAAACAGACAAGGAUAGCAAAUCAGAUAAGGAUGCUUCUCAUCCUAUUCCUUUGAAACCAAAAGUGGAGAAAACGCAGAAAACCACAAAGACAAAAAAUGUGCAGGAUAUACCAACUGUGGAGGCAACAGCAGUGCAGUCCACUAUAUUUCCUGUCACUGCUGAAACAGCUGAAGAAAAGCCCAAGGAAAAAGUGGAAACCACACACAAAGGUGACAGCAAAAUAUAUAAGGAUGCUACUUGUCCUACUCUGUCAAAAUCAAAGGUGGAGAAAACGCAGCAAGCCCCAGUGACCAAAAAUGUGCAGGAUGUGGUAACUGUUUCAUCAGCAGUGGAGACAACUGCAGUGAAAUCCUCUGUCUCUGCUAAAGCAGUCGACGAAAAGCCCAAGGAAGAAAUGUGUGUCAGUGUCUCCCAGGAAACCACACCCAAAGGUGAUGGCAAAAUAGAUAAGGAUGCUUCUCAUAUUACUGCAUCAAAACCAAAAGCGGAGAAAACACAGAAAACCACAAAAGCCAAAAAUGUGCAGGAUAUACCAACCGUUUUAUCAACAGCAGUGCAAUCCUCUCAAGGUUCUGUCUCUGCUGAAGCAGUCAAAGAAAAGCCAAAAGAAGACGUCUUUAUGAAAGUCUCCCAGGAAAUUGUAUUCACAGUAACUGAUGAUAGUAAAAUGGCUAAGGAUGCUCCUCAUCCUACUCCAUCAAAACCAAAGGUGGAGGAAACCCAGAAAACUAAAAAUAUGCAGGAUGUGGCAGCUGCUGCUUCUUCAGCAGUAGAGACAACUGCAGCGAAAUCCUCUGUCUCUACUGAAGCAGUCAAAGAAAAGCCCAAGGAAGAAGUGUGUGUCAGUGUCUCUCAAGAAACCACAUCCAAAGGUGAUGGCGAAGAGGAUAAGGAUGCUCCUCGUCCAUCAAAACCAAAAGUGGAAAAAAUACAAAAAAACACAAAGACCAAAAAUGUGCAGGAUAUACCAACCAUUUUAUCAACAGCAGUGCAAUCCUCUGCAGUUUCUGUCUCUACUGAAGCAGUCAAAGAAACGACUAAGAAAGAUGUGUGUAUUAAUGUCUCUGUAGAAACCACACCCACAAUCGAUAGCGAAAUGCAUAAGGAUGCUCCUCAUCCUUAUCCAUCAAAACCAAGAGUGGAGAAAGCACAGAAAACCAUGCUGACCAAAAAUGUGCAAGAACAACCAAUCAAGACAGACGUUAUAAAUCAGACCUCCAUUGCACCGCAUGAUGUGCCUGCUGUUCAUGUCGAUGAGACGAAGUCAACUACCUCCAUUAGCACCCAGCUGCCUGUCAAAUCUCUAGAAUCAGCAGCGCCACCUCUCCCUAAGAAAGAAGAUUUGUCAAAACACAUUGCUGAAAAGAAAUCAGAGAUUAAUCUGCCACUGCAGGUCUCUGUAGAGAAGACAGCAUCUAGCACUGUUCAAAUGAUUGACAAACAACAGAAAGCACUUGGUUCCCAAAAAACAAAGGAUGUCCAAGAAGCACCUAAAGAUAACAACACUCGUCCUUUGAAAGUUCAUGAAAAGGUGGAGAUUCCUCGUGCCAUUUCUACAGCUGAGGUCAAGGCAGAGGUUAAAGUUCGCAAGCCUGAUCUCAGCCCUGAAUCUCAGUCCCCGUCUACAGCUGCUGAAGUAAAGAUUACCACAGCUGACUCCAGCAAGACUUCAGAAGUCCAAGCGCAAACGCCUAAGAAAUUGGAAUCUGAUACAGAUUCUGAUACUGUAUCACCAAUAAAACUGACUGAGGAGCCUGUAGUCACUACAGCUGCAAAAGACGGAGAUACAGAGGACGCCUCAAAGCCUUCGAAAGGAAAGAAGAAAAAGAAGAAUUCUGCAAACAAAACUUCAGCUGGAAAACAAGUCCCACCGCCUAUAGCUGAGACAAAGGUGAAAGAGCUAAAGACCGAGAAUGCUGGUCAGGUUGACCUUCUUAAGGUCGAGGGCCCAACAAAUGAUUCUGCAAAGACAUCCCCUGAGGGAAUGCACGCUGUGGAGAGCAUGCAGCCAACAGCUGUACAGAAUGAGGCCCUGGCUCACAAAGGGGAGGUGGAGCCUGCGCAGCCCUUGCCUGAAAAACGGGAGGUUCUGAAAGGAAAAACAUCCUCCUCGCAGAGACAGUGGGAAGCACCAGCAGCCUCAGCGUCAGCAGCAGCCUCGGCCCAGCUCAGCCCCCUCCCCGAGCAGGGGGAACCUCCCAGAGUUGCACAACACACGCCUGCUCCUGACACACAGCAGAGCUCAGAGAAGCAGAGCAGGCUUUCGGAUAGCAAGGCCCCUGCACAGCCUAUCAUCACUGACCCUCUUCCUGCCGACGAGAACACCUGCAACGCGCAAGAGCAGUCCGUAGACGACGCCAUGCGGAAGAAGAUCGUUGUGGUAGAGGAAGUUAUUGAAGUGCAACAGAUUGCCAGUCCUGUUGCAGACCAAGCUGUUACACCCCCAGUGCCAGAGAUCACAGGAGAUGAAUUGGACUACGAUGUCUUGGAAGAACUGGCCAUAGAGCGUGGCCUCCUGCAGGGUGCCGUUGAAGAGACUUGCUGGGAUCAUUCACUCCAAGAGCCCGAGGAGAAAUCCUUCCCCAACUUCGUAGAAGAUGAACGGGACAGAGUGCAGAAGAAGACUUUCACAAAAUGGGUGAACAAACACUUAAUAAAGCACCGGAGAGCUGAGACUCAGCGUCAUGUGAAUGACCUGUAUGAAGAUCUCCGAGAUGGACAUAACCUGAUCUCCCUUCUGGAGGUCCUCUCCGGAGAGACGCUGCCUCGUGAGAGAGGACGCAUGCGAUUCCACAAACUGCCGAAUGUGCAGAUAGCACUGGAUUUCCUCAGACACCGGCAGGUCAAGCUGGUGAAUAUCAGGAACGAUGACAUUGCAGACGGGAACCCAAAGCUGACGCUGGGUCUCAUAUGGACCAUCAUCCUGCACUUCCAGAUUUCAGAUAUCCAGGUGAACGGUCAGUCAGAUGAUAUGUCAGCGAAGGAGAAGCUGCUCCUCUGGUCUCAGCGGAUGGUGGAGGGUUACUCUGGUAUCCGCUGCGAUAACUUCACCACUAGCUGGAGGGACGGAAAGCUCUUCAACGCUGUUAUACACAAACAUGAGCCCAGGUUUAUUGACAUGGGGAAGGUGUACCGCCAAUCCAAUCUGGAGAACCUGGAACAGGCCUUUUCAGUGGCAGAGCGAGAGCUUGGGGUCACACGACUGCUUGACCCAGAGGAUGUGGAUGUGCCUCAUCCUGAUGAGAAGUCCAUCAUCACCUAUGUGUCCUCCCUUUACGACGCUAUGCCCCGUAUCCCAGACGUCCAGGACGGCGUCAAAGCCAAUGAGCUGGAGCUGCGCUGGCAGGAGUAUUACGAGCUGGUCACCGUUCUUCUCCAGUGGAUCAGACAUCAUGUACUCAUCUUCGAGGAGAGGAAGUUUCCCAGCAGCUAUGAGGAGGUCGAGAUUCUGUGGCGUCAGUUUCUGAAAUUGAAAGAAACAGAGCUUCCCGCAAAAGAGUCGGACAAGAGCUGCUCCAAACACCUCUACCAGUCCUUUGAGAGCGCGGUCCAAGCUGGUCAGGUUAAGGUUCCUCCUGGUUAUCAUCCCAUUGACGUUGAGAAGGGAUGGGGGCGUCUACAUGUGGCUAUCCUGGAGAGGGAGAGACUGCUCCAGAUAGAGUUUGAGAGGUUAGAGCGUCUCCAGCAGAUCGUCAGUAAAGUGCAGAUGGAAUCAAGCAUGUGUGAGGAACAGCUCAACCGGACUGAGUCUCUACUGCAGACGGAUAUCCGUCUCCUGAGUGCCGGGAAACCAGCGCAGCACACGGUUGAGCUGGAGAGGGAUCUGGACAAAGCCGACGGCAUGAUCCGGCUCCUCUUCAACGACGUUCAGCUGCUCAAAGACGGGCGCCACCUGCAGGCGGAGCAGAUAUAUCGCAGGGUCUACCGCUUACACGAGCGCUUGGUGAACUUGCGCAGCGACUACAACCUGAGGCUCAAGCCCAGCGUCAGCACGGCCUCUCACGUCUCCAUCACACACAUUACCCAGAAGCCUGUGCAGCGCGCGCGGCCCGAGCUCGAUGAGGUCACGCUCCGUUACGCGCAGGACCUGUUAUCCUGGGUGGAGGAGAACCAGCGGCGGAUCGAUACGGCCGAGUGGGGCAUCGAUCUUCCCUCUGUGGAGUCUCAGCUGGGCAGCCACAGAGGACUUCACCAAACCAUCGAGGACUUCAAGGCUAAGAUCGAGCGCGCACGAGCAGACGAGAACCAGCUCUCGCCUGCAAGUAAAGGCACAUACAGAGAAUAUCUGGGCAAACUGGAUCUGCAGUACAACAAACUGCUGAACUCCUCUAAAUCUCGUCUGAGAAAUCUUGACCAGCUGUAUAACUUCGUCAGCGCCGCCACCAAGGAACUGAUGUGGCUCAAUGACAAAGAGGAAGAGGAGGUCAACUACGACUGGAGUGAGCGCAACACCAACAUGGCUGCAAAGAAAGAGAACUACUCAGGACUCAUGCGAGAACUGGAACUUAGAGAGAAGAAAAUCAAUGGCAUCCAGGCCAGUGGAGACAGACUCAUUAAAGACGGACAUCCAGGCAAGAAGACUGUUGAGGCGUUCACCGCAGCUCUGCAGACGCAGUGGAGCUGGAUCCUCCAGGUGUGCUGUUGCAUUGAAACUCAUCUCAAAGAAAACACUGCAUACUUCCAGUUCUUUGCUGAUGUGAGAGAUGCCGAGGAGAGGAUGAAGAAGAUGCAGGAGACCAUGAGGAAGAAGUACAUGUGUGACCGCACCACCACUGCCACUCGUCUGGAGGAUCUACUGCAGGACGCUGUUGAGGAAAGAGAGCAGCUGAACGAGUUCAAGUCUGACAUCGGCGGCCUGAACAAGAGAGCCAAGUCCAUCAUCCAGCUGAAGCCGCGCGACCCCACCAGCCCCUUCAGAGGCAAGCUGCCCAUCCAGGCCGUGUGUGACUUCAAACAGAUGGAGAUCACCGUGCACAAGGGCGACGAGUGCGCGCUCAUCAAUAACUCACAGCCCUUCAGGUGGAAGGUUCUGAACCGCGGGGACCAGAAUCAGGGAGCAGACGUCCUGUCCAGGCAGGGGUUGAGGCCCGGGGAAUGGAGACUUCACCCAGAGGUGGUGAAGUCGAUAUGCGAGAGAGAGCGUGGGUUGGACCCAGUUAACUGCCCGGUGGCUUCAGUGCUGGAGUUCCUCCAAGAUCACUUCUCUGCUGGUCUUACCCCGUCCAAACUAAAGGUGUACGUGGCUGCCAUUGCGGCUUUCCACGCUCCUUUAGGUGUUGGGCCUCUGGGGAGGCACCAGCUGGUCGUGCGUUUCCUCCGUGGUGCAUGGAGGAUGAGGCCUGCGACUCGUUCCAGAGUCCCAACUUGGGAUCUGGCUGUGUUCAAGACGAUGAAGCCAGACGAGUACCAGCUGAUGCUGAGGAACCUCCAGCUGCACUAUCAGGACUUCCUCAAAGACAGCCAGGACUCCAAGCUUUUCGAUUCCAGUGACAACAUGCAGAUCGAGAGGGACUAUAAGGAGACCGUACAGCAUUACGACAGCCUGCUCCGCACCCUGGAGAAAGGAGCAGCUGUCAGAGCGCAGGGCGAGCAGGAUGAAUCCAUGUGCAAGUCGUACAUCACCCAAAUCAAAAACCUGCGCCUGCAGAUCGAAGACUGUGAGUCUCGUACGGUGGCCCGUAUCCGGCGACCAGUGGAUAAAGAUCCACUCAGAGACUGCAUGCAGAAGACUGCUGAUCAGAGAAAAGUGCAAAUGGAGCUGGAAGGAAUUAAGAAGAACCUGGACCGAGUGUCUCAGAAAGCUGAGGAGGUGCUGUCCUCUCCGGAGCAGUCCAGCACUCCAGUCCUGCGAUCAGAGCUGGACAUCACCCUGCAGAAGAUGGACCAAACCUACAACCUGUCCUCAGUCUACCUGGAGAAAUUAAAGACAAUAGAAGUUGUGAUCCGGAACACACAAGGGACAGAAGAUGUGGUGAAGAAAUAUGAGAAUCGCCUGCGUGAGGUUCACACGGUCCCUACAAACGUCCAGGAGGUGGAGAACUACGGCUCUGAGCUCAAGCGAAUGCGUUCGGAUGCAGAAACCCAGUGGCCCGUGUUUGAUGACAUGGAGAGUGAGCUGGCCAAGGCCACGGCGGUCAGCCAGCGCAUGCUUCAGGUUCACAGCGAGCGGGACACCGAGCUGGAUCACUACCAGCAGCUCCUGGGCAGCCUGCAGGACCGCUGGCGCGCCGUCUUCGCUCAGAUCGACCUGCGUCAGCGUGAGCUCGAGCAGCUGGGCCGGCAGCUGGGCUACUACAGGGAGAGCUACGACUGGCUCAUCCGCUGGAUCGCAGACGCCAAACAGCGGCAGGAGAAGAUCCAAGCCGUGCCUAUAAUCGACAGCAAGAUGCUCAAAGAGCAACUGGCACAGGAGAAGAAACUGCUUGAAGAGAUUGAGAAAAACAAAGAGAAAGUUGAUGAGUGCCAGAAAUACGCCAAAGCUUACAUCGAUACCAUUAAGGACUAUGAACUUCAAUUGGUUGCCUACAAAGCUCAGGUCGAACCUCUGACUUCUCCUUUGAAGAAAACCAACAUGGAGUCUGCCUCUGAUAACAUCAUUCAAGAGUAUGUCACUCUGAGAACUCGCUAUAGUGAGCUGAUGACGCUGACCAGUCAGUACAUCAAGUUCAUCACAGACACGCAGCGGCGCAUCGAGGACGAGGAGAAAGCUACUGAGAAACUAAAAGCAGAAGAGAGGAAAAAAAUGGCUGAGAUGCAGGCAGAGUUAGAGAAACAGAAGCAGCUAGCUGAAGCUCAUGCCAAGGCCAUUGCCAAAGCGGAGAAAGAGGCACAGGAGCUCAAGCUCAUGAUGCAAGAGGAGGUUAGCAAACGAGAGAUUGUUGCUGUGGAUGCUGAAAGGCAAAAACAGAACAUCCAGCUGGAGCUGCACGAGCUCAAAAACCUCUCCGAACAACAGAUCAAAUCAAAGAGCCAACAAGUGGAGGAGGCUUUACAAAGCCGGGUUAAGAUAGAGGAAGAGAUCCGCAUCAUAAGACUUCAGCUGGAAACUACAUUGAAGCAAAAGUCCACUGCAGAGGAUGAGCUCAGACAGCUUAGAGACAAGGCUGCAGAGGCGGAGAGACUUCGCAAAGCUGCUCAGGAAGAGGCUGAGAAACUUCACAAGCAGGUUAACGAGGAGACUCAGAAGAAGCGGAUGGCGGAGGAAGAGUUGAAGCUGAAGUCUGAAACAGAGAAAGAGGCUGCCAGGCAGAAGCAGAAAGCCCUGGAUGACCUUGCGAAGCUCAAGAUGCAGGCAGAGGAGGCAGAAAGACACAUGAAGCAGGCUGAGAUCGAGAAAGACAGACAAAUCAAGCUCGCUCAAGACGUAGCUCAGAAAAGUGCUGCUGCUGAGCUGCAGAGCAAGCGCAUGUCCUUUGUCGAGAAGACAUCCAAACUUGAGGAGUCGCUCCGAGAGAAGCACGGGACUGUCGUGCAACUGCAGGAGGAGGCAGAACGCCUCAAGAAGCAACAGGAAGAGGCAGACAAAGCAAGGGAGGAGGCUGAGAAGGAGCUUGAAAAGUGGAGGCAAAAAGCCAAUGAAGCCCUUCGUCUAAGGCUCCAGGCAGAGGAAGAAGCCCACAAAAAGACUCUUGCACAGGAAGAUGCUGAAAAACAGAAAGACGAGGCUGAGCGUGAGGCCAAAAAACGGGCCAAAGCUGAAGAGUCUGCCCUGAAACAGAAAGACAUGGCCGAGCAAGAGCUGGAGCGGCAGAGGAAGCUGGCAGAGAGCACAGCGCAACAGAAGCUAUCCGCAGAGCAGGAGCUGAUCCGCUUGAGGGCUGAUUUUGAUCAUGCCGAGCAACAGAGAUCACUGCUCGAUGAUGAACUGUACCGUCUAAAGAAUGAGGUUAGUGCUGCAGAGCAGCAGCGGAAGCAGCUUGAAGAUGAGCUUUCCAAAGUUAGAAGUGAAAUGGACAUACUUUUGCAACUGAAGUCUAAAGCUGAAAAGGACAGCAUGUCCACCACUGAAAAGAGUAAACAACUCUUGGAAGCUGAAGCUGCUAAACUGAGGGAUCUUGCAGACGAAGCAGCCAAGCUCCGUGCCAUUGCUGAAGAGGCAAAGAGACAGAGGCAGGUGGCUGAGGAAGAAGCAGCGAGACAGAGAGCGGAAGCUGAGAGAAUUCUCAAAGAGAAACUUGCUGCCAUUAAUGAGGCCACUCGCUUGAAAACUGAAGCAGAGAUUGCUCUAAAAGAAAAAGAGGCAGAAAAUGAACGCCUGAGAAGGAAAGCUGAGGAUGAGGCUUACCAGAGAAAAGCUCUUGAAGAUCAGGCAAGCCAGCACAAGCAAGACAUUGAUCAGAAGAUCGAACAACUCAAGAAGUCCUCUGAAAUGGAAUUAGACAGACAGAAAUCAAUUGUGGAUGAAACUCUCAAACAGAAAAGAAUAGUUGAAGAGGAGAUUCGUAUCUUGAAAGUGAACUUUGAGAAGGCUUCAUCUGGCAAGCUUGAUUUGGAGCUUGAACUGAAUAAGCUGAAGAAUAUUGCAGAGGAAACACAACAAAGCAAACUGCGAGCUGAAGAGGAAGCCGAGAAGCUGCGCAAGCUUGCCCUUGAAGAAGAAAACAGAAGAAGGGAGGCUGAAGAAAAACUUAAAAAGAUUACUGCCGCAGAGCAGGAAGCAGCUCGACAGCGCCAGGUUGCUCAAGAAGAAGUGGAGCGUCUCAAAAGGAAAGCUGAUGAGGCCAGAAAGCAAAAAGAAGAUGCUGAUAAAGAAGCUGAGAGGCAAAUACUCGCUGCAAAAGAGGCUGCUGAGAAAGCAAUUACAGCUGAGCAGCAAGUCCAAAGUGUUCUUGUUCAGCAGAAAGAGGACAGCCUAGUACAGAAAAGGCUCAAGGAGGAGUUUGAGAAAGCCAAAAAGCUUGCCCAAGAAGCGGAAAAGGCCAAAGAAAAGGCAGAGAAAGAGGCUGCCCUCCUCCGCCAACAAGCAGAAGAUGCAGAGCAUCAGCGUCAGGCUGCUGAGGUUGAGGCAGCCAAUCAGGCCAAAGCCCAAGAAGCCGCUGAGAGGCUCAGAAAAGAGGCAGAGCUAGAGGCAGAAAAGCGUGCCCAGGCAGAGGCAGCAGCACUGAAACAGAAACAGCUAGCUGAUGAGGAGAUGGCUAGGCACAAGACACUUGCAGAGCAGACACUUAAGCAGAAGUCUCAGGUUGAGCAAGAGCUCGCUAAAGUGAAACUGCGGUUGGAUGAGACAGACAAACAGAAGACUCUCCUAGAUGAUGAGCUUCAUCGCCUAAAGGACGAGGUCAGUGAUGCUGUUAAACAGAAAGCCCAGGUAGAGGAGGAACUGUUCAAGGUCAAGAUUCAAAUGGAGGAGCUCAUCAAACUCAAGCUCAGAAUUGAAGAGGAGAACCAACGUCUCAUCCAGAAGGACAAAGAUAAUACUCAAAAAUUCUUGGCUGAGGAGGCUGAGAACAUGAAAAAACUUGCAGAGGAUGCUGCCAGGCUCAGCAUUGAGGCCCAGGAGACUGCUCGCAUGAGACAUAUUGCAGAGACUGACCUUGCCGAGCAAAGAGCACUUGCUGAAAAGAUGCUUAAAGAAAAGAUGCAAGCCAUUCAGGAGGCCUCUAAACUUAGAGCAGAGGCAGAAAUGCUACAGAGACAGAAAGACCUUGCCCAAGAGCAAGCUCAAAAGCUGCUUGAAGACAGACAACUGAUGCAGCAACGGCUUGAGGAGGAAACUGAGGGCUUCCAAAAAUCGUUGGAGGCUGAGCGCAGAAGACAGUUGGAGAUAACAGCUGAGGCAGAGAAACUUAGACUUCAGGUGUCCCAGCUCAGUGAUGCUCAGUCUAGAGCUGAGGAGGAAGCCAAGAAAUUCAAGAAGCAGGCAGAUGAGAUUAAUGCCCGACUUCAUGAGACCGAGCUUGCCACCAAAGAGAAAAUGACAACUGUUGAAACAUUUGAAAUACAGAGAUUGGGCAGUAACAAAGAAUCAGAUGACUUGCGCAAAGCCAUUGCUGAUCUUGAGAAAGAGAAGUCAAAAUUGAAAAAAGAGGCUGAAGAGUUACAGAAAAAGUCCAAAGAGAUGGCGAAUGCUCAGCAAGAACAAAUUAAACAGGAGAAAACAUUUCUCCAACAGACAUUUAUGUCAGAAAAGGAGAUGCUGCUGAAGAAGGAAAAACAAAUUGAGGAUGAAAAAAAGAGGUUAGAGAGCCAAUUUGAAGAAGAGGUCAAAAAGUCAAAAGCCCUUAAGGAUGAGCAGGAACGUCAAAGAAAACAAAUGGAGGAUGAGAAGAAUAAACUGAAGGCCACUAUGGAUGCUGCUCUGAUAAAACAGAAAGAGGCUGAACAAGAGAUGCUUAACAAGCAAAAAGAGAUGCAAGAACUUGAGAGGAAAAGGCUUGAACAAGAAAGGGUUCUUGCUGAGGAAAACCAGAAACUGCGUGAGAAACUUCAGCAGCUUGAGGUUGCUCAAAAAAUCACCCAGGAGAUUCACAUCCAGACAGAAUGCAAAAAAGUCCUCAAUGGUCAAAGUAUUUCUGAUGAAGUUGACAGCACACAUGGCUUCUCUCCAUUAUCCUUCGAUGGCAUUCGUGAGAAGGUGCCUGCAAGUAGACUUUUUGAAAUAGGACUUUUAAGCAAAAUGGAUUAUGAUAAGCUCCAGAGCGGUGACACCACAGUCAAAGAACUCAGCCAGACAGACAAACUUAAAACAGUUCUUCGGGGCAAGAACUGCAUUGGUGGCCUGCUUGUGCAUCCAAAUCAAAAAAUGCCCAUCUAUCAAGCCGUCAAGGAGAAGAAGAUUGCUCCUGGGACGGGGCUAGUGCUGCUGGAGGCACAGGCUGCUUCUGGAUACAUAAUAGACCCAGUUAAAAACAAGAAACUCUCUGUCAAUGAGGCAGUUAAAGAGGGUCUAAUUGGACCUGAACUUCACAACAAGAUGCUGUCUGCGGAGAGAGCUGUCACUGGCUACAAGGAUCCAUACACAGAGGCAAAGAUCUCCCUCUUUGAAGCUAUGAAGAAGGGUCUCAUUGGGGAGGAUCAUGCCAUCAGGUUGCUUGAGGCUCAGAUAGCAACAGGUGGCAUUAUUGAUCCGGUCAAUAGUCAUCGUGUGCCAAAUGAAAUAGCUUAUAAGCAGGGUCAGUUUGAUGCAGCCACCAAUAAAAUCCUACAAAAUCCAACAGACGAAGUCAAGGGAUUCUAUGAUCCAAACACCCAAGAAAAUCUGAUGUACCAACAGCUACUAGAAAGGUGUGUGACUGAUCCAGGAACAGGACUUCUACUUUUGCCUAUUUCUGAGGAGGCUGCUCAAAAUGCCAGGAUAUUCACAGAUGAGGAAACAAGAGAUGUGUUUGACAAGACAACUGUGUCUGUGCCAUUCGGCCGUUUUAAAGGAAAGACUGUGACCAUAUGGGAGAUUAUAAACUCUGAGUACUUCACUGAAGACCAGAAAAAAGAUCUUAUCCGCCAGUACAAAACGGGAAAAAUUACAGUUGAAAAGAUCAUCAAAAUUGUCCUAACUGUGGCAGAGGAAAAAGAGAAAAAGAAUGAGCUUGCCUUUAAUGGCCUGAGAGCACCUGUACCUGCUACAAAACUUCUUGAAUCAAAAGUUAUUGACAAAGAUCUCUAUAACAAGUUGCAGAAAGGACAACUGCUGGUAAAAGACGUGUCUGAGAUGGAGCAUGUGCGCAAUGCCUUGAAAGGCUCUAACUGCAUUGCUGGAAUAAUUAUUGACUCAACCAAACAAACAAUGUCCCUUUAUGAUGCCAUGAAAAGAGACAUGAUGAGACCUGGGCCUGCUCUUAAUCUCUUGGAAGCACAAGCUGCCACGGGAUAUGUCAUAGAUCCUGUUAAAAACCAAAAACUUACAGUAGAUGAGGCUGUCAAAGCAGGUGUUGUUGGUCCAGAAUUUCAUGAAAAACUGCUGUCUGCAGAGAGAGCUGUCACAGGCUAUAAAGAUCCUUACACUGGAAAAACAAUUUCUCUGUUCGAGGCUAUGAAGAAAGACCUGAUCAUGAAGGAACAAGGAAUUCGACUGCUUGACGCACAACUGGCAACCGGAGGCAUCAUUGAUCCUGUUCAAAGUCACCGUAUUCCACAUGACAUUGCCUGCACAAAGGGCUGCUUUGAUGAUGCAACCCAGAAGUUUUUGAGCAGCCCAAGUGAUGAAGUUAAGGGAUACUUUGACCCAAACACUCAGGAAUAUCUCACAUAUCCACAGCUUUAUAAACGAUGUGUCACUGACAAAAAGACUGGCCUUCACCUUCUGCCUUUGUCUGAACAAGCUAUCAAUGCCAAAGAGGAGAUGAAGUACACUGAUGCCCAGACCAAAGACGCAAUGACUCAGGCAACUGUUGAACUUCAAAGUGGACCAUUCAAAGGGAGAAAAGUUACCUUAUGGGAGCUCAUUAUCUCUGACUAUAUCACUGAAGAGCAAAGGCUUGACCUAAUAAGGCAAUACAGAUCUGGGAAAAUGACAAUUGAGAAGAUUAUAAAGGUUUUAAUUGAAAUUGUUACUAAGAAAGAUGCCAAGAAACAAGAAGAGGGCUGCUUUAAGGGACUUAGGGCGCCAGUUCCAGCCAAGUCAUUAUUUGACUCCAAAAUCAUUGAUAAGUCUACCUAUGAUUUGCUGGAACAAGGUAAAAAGACUCCAAAAGAGGUCAGCAAAAACGCUUCAGUCAACAAGUAUCUCCAAGGCUCUGAGAGCAUUGGUGGACUUUACCUUGAGCCUACAAAAGAGAAAGUUAGCAUCUACCAAGCAAUGAAAAGGAAAUUCCUCAGACAGAACACAGGUAUUGCCUUGCUUGAAGCUCAAGCUGCCACAGGAUUCAUUGUGGAUCCAUCAAGAAAUGAAUGUCUCACUGUGGAUGAUGCUGUUAAAGCAGGUCUUGUUGGCCCAGAGCUUCAUGAGAAACUUCUCUCUGCUGAAAAAGCUGUCACUGGAUAUAAAGACCCAUUCACAGGCAAUAAGAUCUCCCUAUAUCAAGCCAUGGACAAAGACCUCAUCCCCAAAGAACAUGCCAUGCCUCUCUUGGAGGCACAACUGGCAUCUGGUGGAAUUAUUGAUCCAGUAAACAGUCAUCGUAUUCCUGUUGAGACUGCAAUCCAGCGUGGAUAUGUUACCAAACAGCUGGCUAACAGCAUUGCUGAAAGCAAGUACUUCUCUGACCCUGCAUCUGAUGAGAACGUAUCAUACAAACAGUUGAAAGACAAGUGCAUGGCAGAUCCUGAUACAGGCUUACAUCUACUAAAGCUCUCCAAACCACAGGCCCCAACGGUUGUGGAGAAGACAUACCUUUACAGUGAAGAACAAACCCAGAGUGAUCUAUCCAAUACCCAGAUUGACCUACCCAUUGAAGGUCAGGGCUCUAUGUCUCUCUGGGAUGUCAUGAAUUCAAAUCUACUACCUGAAGAUCAGAGGGCUCGGGUUCUAGAAGAAUAUCGUUCUGGCAACAUAACAAAGGAACGAAUGAUUAUCAUUAUAAUUGAGAUUCUGGAGCAGAGAGAGAUCAUUAAAGGGGGGAGCACCCAGACCGGCAGCACAAGUAGACGUCAAAUCACUAUUGAAGAUCUCUACAAUGCCCGUAUCAUCGACCUUGAGACUUACAACCUGCUGAAGAAAGAGAAUAAGACUAUGCGUGAUGUCAUGGAUAUGCAAAGAGUUAAACAAUAUUUGUAUGGAACUGGCAGUGUUGCUGGUGUGGUGACUGAUUCAAAUUCCAAGAUGAGCAUUUAUCAAGCAAUGAAGAGAGAGCUGAUGAAGCCAGACAUUGCAAUGGCCCUCUUGGAGGCUCAAGCAGCCACUGGAUUCAUUAUUGAUCCUGUCAGGAAUGAAAUGCUCACUGUAGAUGAAGCAGUGCGUAAAGGCGUGGUGGGCCCAGAACUUCAUGAUAAGCUCCUGUCUGCAGAGAGAGCAGUCACUGGCUAUAAGGAUCCAUAUAGUGGAAAGGUGGUCUCCCUCUUCCAAGCAAUGAAAAAGGACCUUGUCCCAGAGGACUAUGCCCUAAGGCUCCUUGAAGCACAAACAGCAACAGGCGGUAUCAUUGAUCCAGAAUAUAACUUCCACUUGCCAACAGAGAUUGCCACACAACGUGGAUAUAUUAACAAAGAGACAAAUGAAAAGCUCUCAGACGAGGUUAAGGGAUUUGUAGACCCAUUGAAUGAUGAAAAAGUUUCAUAUUCUCAGCUUCUAAAAAGAUGCAAGGUAGACAAAGAUGGGCAAUAUCUGUUGUCUCUAGGAGACAAAAGACUGCUCUUCAAAGGUCUCAGAAAAGAAAUAACAAUAGAAGAGUUAUUCCGCUCAAAAAUCAUCGAUGAACAAACAGUCAGCAAGCUUAAUGAGGGAUUACUUACAGUGGAGGAGGUGAGCAAUAGCUUGCGAAAAUAUCUUGAGGGCUCAAGCUGUAUUGCUGGCGUGUUUGUGGAGUCUACUAAAGACCGACUCUCUAUCUACCAAGCCAUGAAAAAGAAUAUGAUCAGGCCAGGCACUGCUUUCGAGUUGCUGGAAGCUCAAGCAGCCACAGGUUAUAUCAUUGACCCUAUCAAGAACCUCAAGUUAACUGUAAAUGAAGCAGUCAAGAUGGGAAUCGUCGGUCCAGAGUUCAAAGAUAAGCUCCUGUCUGCUGAGAGGGCUGUGACUGGCUAUAAAGAUCCUUAUACAGGCAAAAUGAUCUCCCUGUUCCAGGCUAUGAAAAAGGGCCUGAUUUUGAGAGACCAUGGAAUUCGUCUUCUCGAGGCCCAGAUUGCUACUGGAGGAAUCAUUGACCCAGAGCAGAGUCACCGAUUGCCAGUUGAAGUGGCCUACAACCGAGGCUUUUUCGAUGAGGAGAUGAACGAGAUCCUCAGUGACCCAUCGGAUGACACCAAGGGCUUCUUUGACCCAAACACCGAGGAGAAUCUUACCUACUUGCAACUGAUGGACAGGUGUAUUGUCGACCCAGACACAGGUCUUGUGCUCUUGCUUCUUAAAGAAAAGAAACGCGAGAGAAAGACGUCUUCCAAAUCCUCUGUUCGCAAACGCAGAGUCGUCAUUGUUGAUCCUGAUUCGGGUAAAGAGAUGUCUGUGUAUGAAGCCUACCGCAAAGGACUAAUUGACCAUCAGACUUACCUUGAACUUUCAGAGCAAGAGUGUGAGUGGGAAGAAAUCACAAUGACAUCAUCAGAAGGGGUUGAAAAGUCUAUACUCAUUGACCGAAGAUCAGGUCGACAGUAUGACAUUGAUGAUGCUAUUGCAAGAGGUCUUAUCGACCAGAGUGCAAUUGAGCAGUACCGCGCUGGCACCCUCUCUAUCACAGAAUUUGGUGAUAUGUUAUCUGGAAACAUGAGUGGCUUCCGUUCCUGCUCCUCUUCAUUUGGUUCCACCUCCUCUUAUCCAAUGAGCCCCAUACCUUCCAUCAAAACUCCUGCAACUGUAUGGAAUGAUCCAACUGAGGAGACCGGUCCUGUGGCUGGAAUCCUUGAUACAGAUAGCCUAGAAAAAGUUUCCAUCACUGAAGCCAUGCGUAGGAACUUAGUGGAUUCUAUAUCUGGCCAGAGACUGUUGGAGGCACAGGCUUGCACUGGUGGCAUAAUAGACCCAUCUACUGGAGAUAAAUUCUCAGUUGCCGAAGCCACAGAGAAGGGUCUUUUAGACAAGAUAAUGGUUGACAGACUCAACUUGGCCCAGAAAGCUUUCCAUGGGUUUGAGGAUCCUCGCACUAAAGUCAGAAUGUCUGCUGCUCAGGCUCUCAAGAAAGGCUGGCUUUACUAUGAGGCAGGGCAACGUUUCCUGGAAGUGCAGUAUCUCACUGGUGGCCUUAUUGAGCCGGAGGCUGAGGGACGAAUCUCCCUAGAGGAGGCAAUCAGGAAAGGUGCUAUUGAUGGCCGUACAGCACAAAAGCUCAGAGAUGUGAGUGCUUACACAAAAUACCUUACUUGCCCCAAAACCAAACUGAAGAUCUCCUACAAAGAUGCCAUGGACAGAAGCAUGGUUGAGGAGGGAUCUGGCCUUAGGCUUCUGGAAGCAUCAUCAGUAUCCAGUAAAGGUCUCUACAGUCCUUACAAUGUCAGUGGUGCCGCAUCUGCUUCUGGUUCUCGGUCUGGAUCCAGGACAGGCUCUAGGUCAGGUUCAAGAAGAGGCAGCUUUGAUGCUACUGGCUCUGGAUUCAGCCUGAACUUCUCAACAUCCUCAUAUACUUCCUCUGGUUACAGCCGCAGAUUUUAAAGCCGGACCUCAAAACAAACCUACCACAUGGUCCUGCAGCUUUCAUUAUCAAUGCUGACUCUAUACACUACAGUUAGAUAAGACAGAUAAAAAAUAAUCACUUUAUUAUGCUUUGCAUGUGUUUGGUAUAGGAAAAUGCAUUCCAAAAACUACCAGUAUCUUUUUGUCUGGCAAUGGUUAAGUUCCCAUUUUAUAUAUUUUAGAACUAUUGCCUGGUUAGCUUUAAUCAUAGUUGUCUAAUUUAGGUUUAUUUCAGUUCAUACAUAUAUUGCAUAUUUUCAAAGUGAUAUUUUUCUUUUCUUGUUUUAUACUAAGUACAGCAUCUAAAAUCAGGAAAAGUUCAAAUACAACAAAUUACAUUUUGGAGAUUUUUUUAAAAUCAAACUCUGAUUAGACUGUAUUCAAUAUUACUUACUAUUACAUUUCUACAUGUUAUUUUACGAAAUUAUUUUUAUACUUUUGUUUAUUUAAGCAUAAUGUACCAGCAAAAUAUACCAAGUUUUACAAAAAAAGUAAUUAGAUUAAGAAAGAGUGUGGUUGUUUUUACAUAUUUGUAUAGAUUUGAUGGAUGGAUAUAUUAGAGGAUGCUAGCCAUCAUAGCAAAUAAAAGUUGCCGCUGGUUUCAGAGAAUAUAAAAAAAAACACUACACCUAUACAUAAACACUAAAGGAGGAGCAUGUACUUUGUACAACAAGCCAAUUUUAAUGUCCCCUAAAACUGGAUGUUAUUUUUGUUAUGAAAGUCCAUUUUUCAUUUACUGGAUCCAGUCCGUCUCCAAAGUCCUUUUAAAAAAAAAAAAAAAGGAGUCCUCAAGGCCCAGAUUUACUGUCAGUCCUCCACUGAUGUGAUAUCCAAUGAAGAUUUCAGAUGGCUCAGGUGUCUGAUCCAUUCCUCACUCAUAACAUCUGGGCAGAUCUGGAUGAAAUGUAGUACUUAGAUCAUCGGUUACUAGAUAUGGACACCUUGAUGAUGCCUCACAUUUGGUCUUGGAUCUGGAGAUGAAUGGUGCUCAUGAGAAGCCCACAUUCUUAGACAUUCAGAGCCUCACUGAAGGUUUCCUCCUUCCAUUGCAUCUGCCAUUUGCAUGAAGACACUAGAGGCUAGGGCUACCUUGAAGUUUGCCUUGGAUAUCAUAUCAAGAACUGACACUUUAGUGGACUGCUCCUGUUUUCAUCAGCUGGGAGCUGGACUUUGGAGUUUACACAAAAUCAUUCAAAACAACAAAAUAAUUGGAUCCAUUAAAUUGAUCUUAAUGUGGACUUUUAUGCAGAAUCUCAGAGUUCUAUUGCCUACAUUGUUUCUAGCCCCAAUAUGAGUUUUUAAAUAAAGCACUCAAUGCAUUAGAUACAGUAUGCAAACCAUUGUUUUGCAUUACACAUUUACAUAAUACAAAUAAAUACUGAUUACUUCUUUGACAAUGUAUUUAGGCUCAUUUAGUGUACGGCAAUUUAAUUUUUCAUUUGUACAUUUCCUGUGCCAAAAAACAAAACAAAACAUCUUUUUGGUCAUUUCCUGCCUCCCAUGUAUUUCUUUGCUGGUUUUUAUAUUAAUUGUAGUUGACUUGACUUUUUUCUUUCUUUUCUUUUUUUGAUGUUGUAUAUGUAAAAUAUUUUUUGCAUGUUUUACUAACUUGCUAUAAAGUGUUCUAAAAAGAUGAAGAAUAGAUUUUUGAAUUUACACCAAUAUAUGGAAGAUUAUAUGACUAAAAGAUGUAUGAAAUACUAACUGGUGGAUGAACUUUUUCCUUACGAGAUAGUGGUAAUAAAGAGUGAGUUAAUAGCACUAUACUCAAGUGUAAAUAAAUAUUAUUUUGGAAAGAUCA